AUGAAGAGGGCGAGAGAGGAAGACAAGGUGGCGGGUCCUCUGUUCCCCAGGCUCCACGUCAACGACGCCGACAAAGGGGGUCCACGGGCGCCGCCGAGGAACAAGAUGGCCCUCUACGAGCAGUUCAGCAUCCCUUCCCAGCGAUUCUCCUCGAGCUCUUCCUCCACACUGCCGUUUCCCCCUCACCAUGGGAGCAGCUUGGUCCCUUCCAUCUCCUCGAGCCAGGUCAGUGGGUCUUGAGCUCAUACGCCCUCUGAUCUCCCCUCUUCGAAUCGCAGUUUUGCCUACCAGAGAUUUCCCAGUCGCCUGAUUCUGCCAUUUCCAGACAAAAUUUCCCAUUCAGGCAUACGUAUUAGCCGUAGCAAACCCAUCUAUGUUCUUGUCGGCGGCCCAUGGAUUCCUUACACAGCAGGGAAUGGAUGAAUUUACGGAUGAUGGAGAGAGGAACGGAGCACAAAAUCAUGUCUCCUACUGCCAAAAGUUUGAUGCUGCUGCCUUAUCCAUCUCUGUUGAUCUCCAGGACUUUGGGAAAUCUCCUUCGGGGCCCUGUUGAAGGCCUCUUCUCCAUCAUCUCCACAGGUUCAAGCUGCUUUCCGCCCUUCCAGCUUCCUAUGGGGGAGCGAGAAUCUCUUCGUUUGCUUGGAAUUAAAUGCAAAAAAAAUUAAAUUAUUACCGUUAAUAGAUUUCUUUUGGCAAAGAAAAUAAUCAUAAUCUGUUUCUAUCGGCAGGUAGAGGAAAGAACACUUUCUAAAGUUAGAAUUUUUUCUGCAAAAAAAUCAUCUGGGCAUUCUAUUUUAUUGCAUUAGAAUAAAUUCAUAACACUAUACAAUAUGUUAGUAAAUUACUCUUUGGGGUAUGCUUUGCACUUUGAUUAAUCAGAGUCAUUUUUGGCUGCAGGGUUGUGGGAAUGAGAGGAGCGUGUCUUCUUCCUUCUACCUGCAUCCCCACAUGCCCUCUCAUGCGACAGAGCGAGCUCAAGAUCAAGCUUUUUCUACAGAGGGAUCGCAUCCAGACGCCAUGAAAAUGGGGUUUCAGAGGAGGCCUUCGAAGCCUGCUGCGUCCCGGGGAACGGUGAGCGGUGAGUGUAGCUCCCCGCUGCCACGUGUCAUGCCCAGCGUGAGGCAAUCUUCAGCGGAGAAACAGGAAGAUGAGGAUGAUUUCCAGGUGCCGAUAUAUGUUCAGCGUGGAGUUGACCCGAGUUCUAACAGAGACCGCCACCUGGCAGACAAAGAGUCAAACCCUUGGUCCCAUUCGAGCAGCUCACAUAAAAAUGGACCCUCUGCCUUCAGAUCCUCGGACAGAGCCCAGAAUGGCUCUCCGGGUCCUCUCCAAAAGCUCGGAAAGGGCAACAAUGGAGACACAAGAGAAGGUGAUAUCUCAGGGGAAACUAAGAGCAUCGAGAGCAUCCCACAUCCAGUAACCAGAGGAACUAACACCCACCCCUCUGCCUUCAGAUCCUCGGACAGAGCCCAGAAUGGCUCUCCGGGUCCUCUCCAAAAGCUCGGAAAGGGCAACAAUGGAGACACAAGAGAAGGUGAUAUCUCAGGGGAAACUAAGAGCAUCGAGAGCAUCCCACAUCCAGUAACCAGAGGAACUAACACCCACCCAUCUGGCCCCUCCGUGACAUCUUCCAACCCGGAUCAUCAAGGAGGAAAAUUGAGCGAGAUUGGGUCUCUUCAUGGCAGGUCUUCUGUGAGGGUCCCAGCUGGUGAGGACAGAGUGGUGGGUGAAGAUGCCGAGAGAAGCGGCUCAUCAGGAUCCCCAGCUAAGAUCAGUUCAUCGAGGGACGCGGCCAAAGAUGGCUCCCCAAGACAUGCUAUCAGGACCGGCGAUGUCUCUGAGACAUCGAUGGCGGAUUCUGUAGCAGGAGCAAACAUAUCUCCUGACAAUGUGGCCGGGGUGAUCGGCCCAAAGCACUUUUGGAAAGCCAGGAGGGCCAUCAUCAAGUACGUAUCUAGUCUGUUCAUCUUUUCUUUUACCUGAUUAUGGAAAUUCUGAUAUCUUCUGCGCUAGAUUUUUGUGGUUUCUGCAUAAAGUUUAGGUAUUUAUUUCCUCGCUACUCACCUUUUAGAAACAAUUGAUAUGAGCUCUUGAAGAUCGUAACAUGUUAGAAGAAAUUGAGUAGAAUGCCGGGGCAUUGCUUAACUUUUCUUGUUAGUCAAUCUAAAUAAAAUGAAUAUUUUUUAUUUAUGAUUAUGCAUUUAUAUUUAUAAAAUAUGAUUGAAAAAAGAAGAUUGGGAUGCUGGUGCUGUAUGAAUUUUUAAUUGAAACAAUUACUGUUUUCUUCUAAUCUCUCUCCACUUUUAAAUUGACGCAGAAAAAAAAAACACAAAAAAAGGUCUUACAGUCCUGUGUAGUUGACAUUUGUCACUCCCUUCUCCUUAUUCGUAACCUUUUGACUUUCCCCAAGUCAAACUCCCAUCCCCUUAUUUCCCCCCCCAGGGAAAAUAAUAAGUGGCGUUACCAUGUUUUUUUUUUUUUUUUUUUGAACAAUGAGAUGAUCUCUCACCUCCAGAUUCUUUGACUUGUGCAUUGGCAGUAGGCCAGGCACAUAACUGCAAAAAAGUAUAUUCGUUUUUUUUAUAUAUAUUCAAUAGUUUCAGCCCUUUUCUCUUCCAAGAUAGUUACCUGAAACACUGAAUUAUAGCAAAAUUUUCGAUUGGUUAUAGCUAUAACCUUGCUGACUGCGAUAUAUAUGUAUAUAUAUAUAUCGAGAGAGAGAGAGAGAGAGAGAGUAUGAACAUGAAGGCUCAUGUUGUUUUCCUGUGAAUGAUUGCAGCCAACAGAGGGUUUUUGCGUUGCAAGUAUUCGAACUGCACAAGUUGAUGAAAGUGAGCUGUUCUUCCUCAGAUUUUCACUGUUCUAAGCCUCAUGAAUCUGGUGUGAAACGUGCUAAGCCAGUGGCCGUCGCUUCUCUUCUUCGCAGGUUCAGAAACUGCUCGCCGCAUCCCCGCAGCUGCUGCUCGAAGACCCCUCCUCUUUCCACGGAUCUUCGACUCUCAUGGCGUCUGCGAAGGAUAAACCUGCGGACUCCUCUGUCAAAGGUGGCCAAAAACCGUUCCCCAGGGAGGAGGAGGUGGGGGAGGAGGAGGACGAACCCUCCAGGGUCAACGGCGACAAUGGCGACCGGACGGAGGAGGACGACGGCAGCAACGGCAGCGGCGGCGGAGAAACCACCGCCGGCGAGCUGCACAGAGAUGGGCCGCCGCCUUCUGCCCCUGCAGCUUCUGAGAGCAAACCAGGCCCAUGGUUUCUCCAACUUCCCGGGAACCAGUGGCUGGUUCCGGUGAUGUCGCCGACGGAGGGGCUCAUCUACAAGCCCUUCGCCGGCGGCUGCCCCCCGGCCGCCGCCUUCAUGGCUCCUCCUCCCGUCUACGGUGGAGACUUCACGAGCUCGCCCUACCUCGGCGGCGCCGUUCCCCCAGGUUUCAUGGCGGCGCCGUACGGGCUCCCGCCGGCGACCCCCUCCGUCUCCGGUUCUAUGGUCGAUCAAGCGGGUUCCUUCCACUGGCGGCGACAUCUCGAGCAGCGGCCGUUGACCUCCUCAAACAGGUCGAACCAGAGGAGCGAACUACAGUCGAGCACAGCCAGCAGCGCCGCCGGUGGAACUCCGCCGCUCCCGCCGGCGAUCACCCCCGUCGUUGACCCAUCCCGCGGCCUGGCCCGGGUCAUCAAGGUCGUUCCCCACAACCCAAAGUCAGCGUCCGAGUCGGCGGUGAGGAUCUUCCAGUCCAUUCAGAAGGAAAGGCAGCACUACGACCCUCUGUAG